AUGGUCCUAACCCAACUCCCCCAAUGGCUCCUCGUGCAAGCCACAAUCGGCCUAACAAUAUCCUACACACCGCCAAAUGCGAACAUCGCGCGCUCCGCAGCCGCCAUCGCGAUCAUCGCGCUCGCGACAUCCGUGCAAAUCGAGGCUCUCCUCCCGGGACGUGAUAUCCGUGCCGCGGGACCUAUUGCGGCGAUGGGAUGGGUGAACGUGCUUAAUGGGAUUGAGUUGUUACUGUUGAGUCGGGUUUCGUAUGCUGCGCAGGUGAAGUGGGAGAAGACGCAGCUCAAGGCGGAGGCGCAGACAUCGCAGUUGGCGUGGGCUUUUUGGAUGCCGUACAAUUAUCGGCGGGUGCGGACGCCGUGGCAGAUUAGGCGGCUGCCGUGUUUUAAGCGUGAUGAGCCUGAGUAUGUCCCUGGGAAGGGGAUUUUCCUGGUGACUUGUGCGGGGAAGGCUGUUCUUUGUGGUUCGCUUAUUAGGAUUUUUACGGUCGAUUUGCGGUAUCCCGGUCUUGAGGAGGAAUUGGGUAUUCUUUGGGGACAGUCGGAUGUGUCCGUUUUGCACCGCGUUCUUGUGCAAACUAGCUUCAUGGUGCCUUUCGCUGUCUUAACCCGGGCGGUUAUUGUGGGUGUCUAUUCUGCUACGGCACUUUCGUGCGUUGGUUUGGGUGUCUCUGAGCCAGCGCUGUGGCCACCGAUUAGUGGCUCGUUAUUUGAUGCGUGGUCCAUUCGUCAGUUGUGGGGGCUAACGUGGCAUCAAAUGCUCCGCACAUGUCUUUUGUCGAACAUUAACUUCGUCCUCUCAUCCGUUCUGCGCAUCCCCCGCUCCUCGGCCGUGGCGUAUAUAUUACGCCUCGUCCUGGUCUUUGCCCUCUCCGGUCUCGUGCAUUUGGGCAUGGAUCUGGGAUUUUCUGUUCCGAUAAAAGACAGCGGAGCACUGCACUUCUUCACUGUACAGGCCUUUGGGAUGAUAUUUGAGCAGCUAGUAGAUUAUAUUUGGUCCACUGUUGUGGGAAAGGGUACACGCACAGGUAUCGUGAGGAGAAUCGUUGGAUAUCUCUGGGUUAUUGGUUUCUUGGCUGUAACGGCGCCUACAUGGUUGGUGCCGGUUAUUAAGGGGGUGUAUGAUGGUGGUGAGAGGGUCCCGUUGCCUAUGCACCUGGGAUUCGGGGUUUUGUUGGCAUAG